ACAAUGCUCAAGGACGACUCCUUGCUUCUUAUACCAAAUGUACUGAAGGUGUUUUUGGAGAAUGGUCAGAUCAAGUCCUUUACAUUUGACAGCCGCACCACUGUUAGGGAUGUGAUUGCCUCCCUGCAGGACCGCCUUUCCCUGCGUUACAUUGAGCACUUUGCUUUAGUGCUGGAGGCAGCUGGUAUGGAUCAUCAUCAAAGGCUGCAUCUACUGCAGGAGAACCAGCCUCUGACACAUGUUGUACACAGAACCUACUUCCAAGGGAUGAAGUGUCUUUUCCGCGUGUGUUUUUUCCCCAAAGAUCCUGCAGAUCUACUGAGGAGAGAUCCGGCUGCAUUUGAGUACCUCUAUAUUCAGAGUCGAAAUGACGUAAUCAAAGAGCGUUUUGGAAUGGACUGGAAGUCUGACAUCACAUUACGUCUGGCAGCACUGCACAUUUUUAUCACUGUGUCCUCGGCGAGACCAAGUCAGAAGAUCUCACUGAAGCACGUGGAGAAAGAGUGGGGGCUUGAACCUUUUCUUCCUCUCACACUGCUCCCAUUGGUCAAGGAGAAAAAUGUGUGCAAGACCCUGUCUCAGUUACUGAAGACCUACCAGCACCCCCCACCAUCUGGAAACAAGGUGCCUCCACUGCAAGGGAAACUACAGUACAUGCGUGUACUUAAUGAUUUGCCCCCAUUUGGUGGAAUAUUAUUCCAUACUGUUGAGCUGGAUGAGAAACAGUCAGCAACAACCCUUUUGGUGGGUCCUCGCCAUGGCAUCAGUCAUGUGAUCGAUCUUAAAAAUAACCUUACAACAGUUCUGGCUGAGUUCAGUAGAGUCUCCAAAGUUCAACUGUACAGAGAGAGCCAAGGUGUGGCUCGAGUUGAAGUGUCAAUGCAUGAGUCCAAGCCCUUGGUUCUUCUUAUGGAAUGGCCAGAUGCCACAAACUUUGCUUGUCUGAUUUCUGGCUACUACAAACUAUUUGUCGACCCAAAGCGGACCAUCUUUUUUCGCAAUCCAGGUCAAUCUCAACUUACUAAAACAGAUUACAGAAGCUCCUUCCAUGGGUACUCGCGCUCCGGGGCAAGCAGCCUGCCCUCUGGAGGGCGGCGAGGGGACGACAGGGAGAACUCUCACAGGGAGUCGGGGUCACUGCGGGCCACUGCUCCUGCUGAGCCCCAGCACCUUGGCCUGUGUCAUGUCCACCUCAGAGAGAGAGAGCAGCAAUUCCAGGAGUUUCAAACGGCUACAGAGACUGAAUUGGACAUAAACGAGAACUUUAUACCUCAAGAGCCCUCUGAUCGGCCUCGCACCAAAUCUGACCCUACCUUACAAAGUACAGAAGAAAUAGCUGGUGUUUCAGAGGUCCCUGUAAUGGAGAAUACAGAGUUUAGGAUACGAGCCCAAACAAUGAAUCAAUCUCAGAAAAACAUGCGUUAUUUCUGUGAUUCAUGCAAAUCCAGGCUAAGAGCGGAGGGUGUUGUGGUGAAUAGCAGUGGGAGCUCAGGUAAACACUGCUCCAGUAGUUGUGCAUCUCGAGAUGGAGGUGCUGUUGACCUUACUGCCCUCCCACCCCCAGGUAACGAAGAGGAAGAUGAGGAAGAGGUUACUAAUGGUACAGAGAGGCUGCAACUGCCAACGCCUGCUAUAGCUGCUCCUCCACCUGGCUUCAGGGACAACAGCUCUGAUGAGGAUGACACAAAAAGGGGACGAAAGACUCGAACUGGCCUAAGCCCAAGAACUGCCUCAGUGAAAGUAGCCCAAGCAAAGGAAGAUGUGCCUGUGACACUGAUUGAUAAUGUUUCUACUAGAACUGUCCGAGAUCAUGCCCAGGAGCUGGAUGAUGCUCUUGUGUCCACCUUACAGGCACUGGAGGCUUUGGCAGCAUCUGAGGACUACCCUCACCAUUCGCAACAGCCAACACAGACUGCAGGUCUGAUUGUGCUGGCUGCCAUUACACCUGAGUCAUCCCUGGACUCAGGGCAUGAGACUAACUCAUCUGAACUUACAGAUGUGUCUGAGAUGAUGUCAGCGAUGAAGCAGAACCAGAGCCAAACAUACCUUUUAGCUCAUCAUAUCAACAAGGACCGCAUUAUCUGCCGACGCGACUUCCCUCUUGCAAUCCCUGGGUGUACUGCUAAAACUAUAGGCACUGGAGCUUUCUCUGUGGGGCAGAUACGUGCUGGCUGCCCACCCAAACAAGUUAUCCUCAGCAAGACUGUUCCCUUUAAGGUUAGCCCCGGCCAAGACUCUGCAAUACUCCGGGUCAUGGCAGAACAGGCAAGUAGUCAUGACACCCCGCAGAGUGAACAAAAAGCAUUGAAGGCAAACAGUGAGUCCACCAAAGCAAAAAAAAAUAGUGUCCCUGGUAAGUCACUUGAAGCAAAACUAUCUGAAAAUUCUGUGCAAGAUCAGAAAUUACCAAAUUCAAUUGUAGAACCUGAAGGACAAAAUAUUCCUGAAAGUAAUAAAGCAAAGACAUUAGCCUCUGCUAAAACAGAUUCAAACAAAGCCUUACCUAUUCUGUUGCCUGUGGACAUAACUGCCUCUGCCAAGAUUUCUCCAAAUAACCAAGACAAUGAGACUGCUUCUAGUGAAACUAUCAAGCCUUCUAGUGCUAUUGAAGUUCUGCCAGUGGAUGAUCUCUUCUGCACAUGCCCAGUGCAACAAGAGUCUGUAACUCAAUUAAGACUUAAGGAUCCACAGGUCCAAAAGGUAGUGAUGUUUCAGUCCUCGUCCCCCACUGAUGAUGAGCGCCUGCGGGCUAAAAGUUUGCAGAUGGCUAACAUGAAAGAAAACGCAGUGAAAGUUGGUGUAGAGCCUAGUUUAACCAAACCCAGCCCUCAGUUACAAACUAAGUACUCCCCACGUCUGCCUAUAAAAUCUGAAACAAAAGAGGCAACUGAAACCAAGAGUGAUGUUGCACCGACCAAAUCACAUACUGAGACAACAAAAAUAAAAUCAUUACCAAUUUUAGAUGACCCCACAACAACUUGCGAAUCUGUUGGUAAAGUGUCUACUUUACCAACCAGAGAUUCAAAGAAGCAAGGGACUGGUAAAAUGAAAUCACAUCGUAGUGCACCAUUUUUAAGUUUCAGAAAUCUUCUUUCUGCAACAUUCCCAGCAAGAAUGAGAAGAGAGACAGAUGAACGAAGGGCCCAGCUGCAAAAAGUGCGGCAGUAUGAGUUAGAGUUCUUAGAGGAGCUGCUAAAACCCAAGUCAUCCCAGGGAGAGUUUCUGCCCCAAGGCUCUUCACCUGUGCCAGGAGGAACUCCCUGUGCCUGCCAGCUCCGCACCAGUCCUGUCCUGAAGGCCCCUGGAAUCUCCAGGGAGCAGAGGCGAAGCUGUGACUGUAAGCGAAUGUGCAGAGGGAUGCGACUGCCUGAUACACCUGUCGGUUCAAUAACAGAAACACAGCAGAGAGGCAGAGAAAGAAAUGCUUCAAAAACACCUCCCCCUGUCUCUAAAGCCUCACACACUCCAGGUUCAACUAGAAGACCACAGACUUUAGAGAUCAAGACCACACGAAUUCGCUCCACCAGCCUCGAGUCUCGAGAACCAAGACGAGAGCAUAGCUCUGGUCUGCCUACUUUGACUUCCCAAACAGAUGGUAUGACAGCCCCACAGCAUAAGAAACUGCAGAGGCGAUACAGUUUUGGGGAGCUAGAUAACAAUACUAGUACACCAGUGUAUGCAGAAGUGAAGCCAAAAACCAAGAGUCUAGAGAAGGAAAUGGAGAGAGUAAGGGCCACAGGACUGCGGCUCCCUACACCUGUAGAACCAGUACAUAUAGAGUCCCAUCAGGCUGAUGCAAAGGGAAAGAAGGGUGUGUUUUUCAUUCAGGGGGAUGACCAGAGUGAAGCCAAAGAGGGGUCAACAGAGGUGGUACUCACCCUGCCCACUGAGGACAAUGAUGAAAGGGAGAAAUGCUGCUCCUUCUGUUUCUGCUACAGAAAGUGUGAGGCAGCUGAUGAGAGCAGCGAGAAAGAUGAGCUCUCCUACUCCAUUCCACUACAAGUCCUACCAGGCAUGGAGCUGGACUCACAUACAUUUCCUGUUGUUAGCAAAACCCUCCAGGUCCUAAAUGCAGAGGACUGCAGUGGUGAGGAAGAGGAAGAGGAGGAAGAGGACCCACACACACAGGAGAUUGACCUCAGGGCCUGCGGGACUCUAGAGGGUAGUUUAGCACGGGUACAAGCACUACAAGAGAAAUCCUUCAGCCUGCCCGAUGGAUUCCUGAAUGCCCAGUUGGAUGCUAAUGAGUUACUGGCAAUUCUGCGUCAGUGUGCCAACAGCCCACAAACAGAGGGAGAGGGUCGGCUUCAGCCGUCACGGAUUGCAGAGUAUAAACAGGAAUUAGCGGUUCGCUUCAAAGAGUUCAGAGCAUCAUGCCGCCGUGUAGCUAGUGUUGAGAAAAGCCCCACUCGAAUGCUUGCUGCUGUCACGGCCAGUUUUCAGGUGCUGUGUGAACUGACACAGACCUUCAUCAAGCUGAUCAGAGGAGUUCGGUCAGAAGCCCAAAGACUGCAGUUGUUAAGGAAAGUUGAAGAAGUGGCUGUCAAUUAUACUCUGUUACUUCGGGCAGCUGAAGAAUCAAUGGGACAUUCCAGCAGCUUACCAACAAAGACUGUGACCCCACAAGUUCCCUCCAAUGCCAAUAACAUGAACUCACUCUCUCGACCUAUCAAAACUCUUCCUGCCCAAUAGAGCAGUAAGACAAGGUUCACACAGUUCAGAAUGUUAAUACCUUCUAUAUCUGAAGUCAUUCUUUAUUUAUUGUUUACAUUUUUUACAACUCUAGCAUUGAAUCAUCCACUAUAAACUGCCA